ACGCACGGUUCUUCACGCACGGCUCCUCACGCACGGUUCUUCCUGCCCCUCGUCGCUUCAUGUGGACACUUCCGCUCCUCGACCGCACCUGAGACACCGGAAGCGAUCCGAGUGUCGAGUCCUCUCCAGCUUCCGGGACCUUCUCCUGUGUUUGUUCGCUUCCUGGACGAUGAGCUCAUCCACCUGCACGUCCAGCUGACCUGAGGUCAGGACACAUGGAGACGCCUCUGAACCCGUUCACCUCGUCCCCACUGGAGACCAGUUUGGGCGACGAUGGUGGGAGUGGAGACACAGACGUGAAGGGCUGUGAGCGGCUGGAGAGGAGGUGGAUCCUCUGGCACCAGUUCAUGAAGGAACACGCCCACCUGGACGCUUGGCUGCGAUUGGCUGAACAGGCCGUCAGUUCCCCGAACGCCCCCCCCGUCACCUACUCUGCCGCCAAAAAGGAUCUGAGGACGUUUGAGGUGAAACGAAAAAAAACAACAUGUGGGAGCGAAGUCAGGUCAAAGAGGCUGCGGCGUGAAGCCGGAUCCCAGCUCGUCCAGCUGGACGGCCUGACCCACCGGAAUCGAACCCUGACUCAACUGUUCACCGGCGCCAUGCGGGCCCGGCUGCUGGCGGCGGCGAGGGAGUGUGGGCCACGAUGGGACGAGGUCAACGCCAAACUGGAGACGGUCACAGCCCGGCUGAAGCUCUUCAUCUCAGAGUGGGAGGGGUUUGAGACGGAGAGGGAGGAGCUUGCUCUGUGGUUGGCCAACCUAGACGUCCGUCUGACUGCGGUCGACCACCUGAAAGGAAACACCUGUGAGAAGCUGAGACGCCUGCAGUCCUUCCAGCAGUGUGUGUGUGAGAACUCGGGGCGUGUGAACCGCCUCCUGCAUCGCGGCGAGCUGUUGAUCCAACGCAGUGAGACGAGCGACUCUCAGCGAGUAGAGCGACGCCUGCUGGAGCUGCUGCGCCACUGCAGCGACGUGUACAGCAACAUCGCACGGACACACACACGACUGCUUAGCAUGAGACUGGUGUUUGAGGACGACUGGACUCUAGCCACAGACUCAGGUUGUCCAUCAGAGUCUCUGUUAGAGGACGAGGGAGCGCUUGAUAACUCUCACCUGGACGUCCCUGCAGGUUUUCACCGUCCUAGAGAUUUCGGCCAAUCAGCUCCUCCCACCCUGACCUCCCCCGUCCACCACCCGUCUCCUCCUCCGUCCUUUCCUACCCAUGAGCACCUGGGACUGGAGUGGGACCCCUCUGUGGACAUCGGACGCUCUGUUUCCUGUGAUGACGGCGACUCGUCCUACUUCAGCGUUUGUGUGUGUGUGUGUGUGCGUGUGUGUUCUGCAGGAGACGUCCUAAAGAGGUGGAGCUUCUUUAGUUCACGCAGCUGUCUGUCUGACAUCAGCGAUGACAUCACAAACCAGGAAGAAGACUUGCGUCCGGCGUGGCAGGACCACACCCCCCCCGCGACCCAGGAGGAGGAGCCACGGCCGAGCGACCACCAAUGGGUGACCUCGACGCCUGAUGAGCAGGAUGGCGAUCCACUCAGCUUCGAUGGCGGCCGAGUGAGGGCGUGGCUGGGAGUUCGGAGCCCCGCCCCUCCAGAGAGGAGGACUUCCUGUUCCAAAGCGGUGCAGACUGACGAGCAUCGUGAGCCUGAUGAUGAACAGAACUCUGUUUUUCAGGCGGAUGAAGAAUCGUCCUGUUGUGAAGAAGACGAGCGCAGUUUGUCCAAACUCAGAGUGACGUCCAGCACCUCCUCCUCCUCCUCCUCCCCGACCCUCCUCUUCCUCCUCCUGGCUGCAGCUCUGGCCCUGCUGGCCGGUCUCACCUGGGUCCUCCAGGACUCUCCGUGCCACCGGAGCGACCGGACGCCGCGUGGCUUCCACAUGGUGCUGAGAUAUGUCAACGGGCCCCCCCCCACCUGAACACCGGCUCGGGGGUGUGAACCAAGCACUUUCCCCUCGGGGUCGACAGGUCAGGGGUUUGAACCUCACCGUGUCCAGUGGAACUUUUGACCGGAUGUGUGGAAAAGACUCAAAUAUUCACUUGUUAUUGUUUGAUUGACAGCAGCUCAGCUCAGAUCCUCCUCCUCUCAUCUGAACUGGUCAAAUCUUUAAAGAGGUAAAGAUACAAAUGAUUGUUGUUCCUUCCAGCAGCUGAUAGAAGAUCUUUGUCUUUGAAGAUUUUAAAUAUGAAAACAUUUGGAUUCUCCUGCUACCAAACUGGAUUUAUAGAGUUUCUUCUUCGCUGCAGAGAAAAUCCACGAGCGUGUUCCUGUAGCUGAAUCCCUCCGGAGGAACCUGUCGACUGUGAUGAUGCAUUUUGUGCGUCAGGGAAAACGCUCCAUCAGAGACUUGUGUACUCGACGGAGGCUGCAGCACGUUACUGGAGCUUCAGACUCAAACUGUUUUUAAAUCUAAUCUGUGUCGUCUGAAGGAUUCACUGUGAAGUCGAGAGAAAAGAGUCGUUAGAGAAACAGUGAGAGAUGAAUACAAGUCACAGCCGGUUACAUUAAAGUCCCACGGACACUAAAUACAUCCUGAAGCUUAUGUACUUCAUAUAUAUGAAGUAUGUACUUGUAUACAUCAGUGAUAUUGUGUGAAAAAAACAACAACACAGACUGUAAAUAAAGAUGCAGCUUCACUUCCUCCCGAUGAAAACAAAACAUCUUGGAUACGAACGCGGUGCAAUCAGGAGUCAGUGUCAGCUGUCAAUCAUCAUGUCUCAGCUGUCAAUCAUGAGUUAGUGUCAGCUGUCAAUCAUCAUGUCUCAGCUGUCAAUCAUGAGUUAGUGUCAGCUGUCAAUCAGGACGUCUCAGCCUGUUUUUAUAUCAUCAUAUAACUGAUUCACACCAAACUGAUCAGAAACACUUUAACAAACUUGGUCGACUUUUGAUCUUUGUUCCAUGUCCCAUCUGCUAACAUGGAGGAGGCGGAGCUUAAGAAGGUUUUUGGCUUCUUGUUUGGGAGCCGUCACGUCGUCCAUGUGGUGAACUGAUUCUUCAACUAACUGUUUGUUUACCUUCAGGUCAGAACGAUGAAGUUUCUGAUCAAUGUCUCGUCACUCCAACGUGACACUUUACUAAUCAUCACAAGUUUUUGUACCAAGUUUUAUAUUCACUUCAUAAAAUGACUCACAGGGGUGUGUGUGUGUGUGUGUGUGUGUGUGUGUGUGUGUGUGUGUGUGUGUGUGUGUGUGUGUGUGUGUGUGUGUGUGUGUGUGUGUGUGUGUGUGUGUGUGUGUGUGUGUGUGUGUGUGUGUGUGUGUGUGUGUGUGUUAGAUCAUUUCAUUUAGUUUUUGAACUUUGUAAUGUGACGUUAAUAAACAGUGCAGGUUGUUGAGUUGUGUUUUGAACGGAUCAGCUGAUCUGACAUCAGUCUGAGACGUACACCAGUAUCAGGAUUGGCUGGAUUAGGACUGAUCUAUGUGAUGUAGUUCUACGUUCACAUCAACGUUCCAUCACUUCGACCUGAAGCAGAAAGAAAAUCCAUGAAAAGAAAAACGCUUCUCUUCAGUUUCUGCAGCGUCACAUCCAUCGUUUUACCAAAUACGUUGUUAUGAACUGAAUAUGUAUUUGUU